UACCUCCUUUUCGCUGUUACUUAGUAGCUACUAUGUUAAACUUUGCUCAUCCUGUAUCAAAGAUUUCUAUUGCUUUACUUUCAUUACCAUUUGUGCCAACUCUGCCAUUAAAGGCUAUAAAAUCCCUUUACCUCCCAAAUGACGGUCGACCGGCUCAGUUUGACGAAUCUCAAAAAAGUCCAAGGGGAAGUUCCCCAGGAAAUCCCCAAGACUUGAGAUAUUAUUGUCGAGCACGAUGCACACACACACACGCUUUGACACAAUUGAUCUCGGUGCAUUUCUAUAGUCACAGGGUCUAGAAGCAGAGGCGUCAAAUGCUGGUUUAUUAAAAGACCGAAUCUUCUGUCAAAUCUUCGAAGACCUGCAAUGGAUAACCUCAGCCUAAACACGGAUAACGACAUGCUGAAGGACAGAAUCCGGAGUUACAGCACCAUGAAUUCUCUGUAUCAUGAGACGCGUCAGGAAAUGGAGCUUUUGAACAAACAGAUCUAUGUAAAGGACAAUAUCAUUGCAGAUUUAAAAGCGAGGCUUGGGAGGUACGAGAGGAUCUACAUGAACGUGGGAGAUAACGAGUCCGUGCUCAUAGGACCCUCCAAGUCUCUCUUGGAGAGCCUGUGCAAAGAAAUAUGCAAGCUGAAACGGAAGGGGAACGAAAUGGACUUUAAGGCAUCCCAACAGGAGGAGGAAAUCCAGCGCCUCACUAUUCAGCUCAGAGAAAAGGAGCUGGAGCUGGAAAAGGUCAGGUGUCAGCCGGACCAUGAGAAGGACCAGGAGAUCGAGAGGCUGCGCUCCACCCUGGAGGAGAGGAAGAGGACCGAGGCCACCAGAGCAGUACUGUGCUCGUCCCUGGUCGAGGAAGCGGACGAGCUACGCAGCCAGCUCGGUGCAACCGUGAAGGUGUGCCAGGAGCUGCUGGCCAGGCUGGAGAAAGACAAGCAGGCGGAGGGAGGAGUGGAGGAUGAGGCUCAGCAGCAAAAGUCUAAGGAGACUACUCAGUCUGCUGAUAUGGACGCCCAAGUCCAUCAACUUCAGGAGGAAAAUCAGAAGCUAAAGCAGCGGGUUGCAUAUGUUCAAGGUCUGAAUUCUCAGUGGCAAAAGUACGACUCCAGCAGAGAAGACUAUAUCAGAGGAUUGUGUCUGAGGCUCAAGGAGACCUCUGGGCAGGGCUUGAUACCUGGGAUAGGCUCUGUAAGCACAGGGUUGCUUCAUCAUGAAAUUUCCAGGCUCAACGGCUUGCUGGAUGAGAAGAUGAACGAGUGUGAGCGGCUCGGGAGGGAAAAGGAGGAGAUAAGGAGGCAAGACCGAGAGCGCGUCCAGACUCUGGAGCAGCAGGUCCUUAUUUACGCAGAGGACUUCAAGUCGGAGCGUGCAGACAGAGAGCGAGCACAGGGCCAGAUGCAAGACCUGAAGGAGCAAAUUCAUCAGUUAAAACGGCAGCUACACAAACAGCAGGAAGCAAGCAGGGAGAGCAGAGAAGUGGUUCCCAUGUGUCGUGUGCACAUAGGACACAGGAUCGCCUCGAGGCAACACAAGGACUCUUCAAAGCCUCUGUUGAGGACUGCUGCUGAGAUGCAGAAACAGCCUGCAGCUGCAGCAUCAACAGCGAACCCCGCCUGGAGCGAAAGGCCAGACCUGUCCGAGUUGCAGUGUCCACGCUGCCUCGCCACGUUCAGCGAGGCACAUGCAGCAGAAUACCUUAACCAUUGUGAGGAGUGUGCUAAACUAUAAGCGGAACAACACUCAUUUAGAAAAGACUGAUCUCUCAUGCUGACAGUAACCGAACACUGAGGAGCAGCACUACACGUCAGAAAAUAAACCUGAGCGGAGAUUCCAGGUUGAAGGGGCUUUGACAACAAAUGAAACAGCUGGUGUUACGGUUUGCUUCACUGUGUGCAAACAUCUGACCCUUGAGUUUCCCUGUUGUGAGAAAUGACAUCAUCAGGACUUUUUCAUGUGUAUAUCUUUAAGAAAAGAAAAGAAAAUCCUGUGUCUGGUUCUUAAUGUUCUCCUGUUCCAGGGCAGGAUGUUGUUGUGGUGGGGAUGUGCAUGUCGAUGCACUAUAUAAAAUAUCAUAUACCUCAGUAUGUCAUAUUACAACCUUUGCACUUUCUUCACUUAUAGCCAAAAAGUUGUACGAUUAAGAGAUUCAUGAUGCAUAAGCUUCUUUUUAUCUAGUUGAUAAUUUGGUGCUAUUUGUUUUUGGUUGAACGUUACAUGUUUCUGUCUUGUAAAUUAUAUAUUCUUUAACAGAUUUAAUGACUAAAGUAUUUAUUUUCUGUUCAUAAAUAAUAGGAAGAGUGAAAUAAUUUUAAUGUAAUAUUUUGUUGCCUCUUCUAUAUAAAAGCCAUAUUUUGGGGGUGGGGGGUGGAAGGGAUGAUUUGGGAUUGAAAAAGUUACAUCAUUACGACUGGAAAAGAUUCACUUUAAUAAGUAUGUAGAGACUGCAUCCAAACUGACUUUUUUUUUUUUUUUGAGCUGGCAUGUUAUUUUUGUAAUAAAAAGACCUAUCAUCCACACUUCAACUUAUGCUGA